GGGAAGGAGAAGCAGGAUUGAAGAACAAAAUGGUCAAACAGUGAGCAUGGGAGGAGAAGGUGGGAUUGUGCAGGAGAAGGAAGAAUAGGAGGAGCAGAAGUGUGAGGAAGAGUAGGGACACAGGAGGAGGAGGAGGAGCAGAAAGAGGCAGCACUACAAGGUUCCACCCCUCCCUCUAUCUGCAGCCCCCCCAGCCCCAGGAGUGUUGUCCCCCUACAUGCAGCAGGUGACCGGGGAUGGGGAUCUAUGAUUUUCACAGGACUGAAUCUUGGUGGUUUUGAGCUUUACUGGGGUAAAUGUUGGUGCUUUGAAUUUUCCCAGGGGCUGAAUCUUUCAAUUUUGAAGGGGAUUUUGUCUGAAUCUUGAUGUUUGGGGAGUUUUUUGUCUGUGUCUUGAGGUUUGGAGGGUUUUUGUGCUGAAAGUUGAUGUUUUAGAGGUUCUUAUAGAUACAAGAUGCCCAGUGACUUCCUGAGAUGAACUUGGGCAAGGAGGAACCCCCAGCCCAAGGCACUCUCCUCUGGUUUUUUCCCCCCCAGCUGGGGUCUUUCAUUCCUAAGGAGUGUCCAGAUGGAGGAGGAGGAAAAGCCUAGGAGAUGCUACACGAGGAGGGGCUGCAAACGAAGCCCAGGUAGCUGCGGGGAGGAAAGACCCCCUCUGUGCCAGGAUGGUGUCUGGAGAUGCAGCCAGAGCUCAGAGCUGGGGGAGAAGGCUCAGGCCAGGGAGAAGCGCCACAAGUGCUUGAAAUGUGGGAAGGCUUUCAGCUACAGCUCCAAAUUGAUCCAGCACCAGGUGAUCCACACUGGGGAAAAGCCCUACAAGUGUCCCAAGUGUCAGAAGAGGUUUCAGACCAGCUCCACUCUCCUCAGACAUGAGCAGGUUCACACGGAUGAGAGGCCCUUCUGCUGCCCCAACUGUGGGAAGGGCUUCAACCGCAACUGCACCCUCGUCAGGCACCAGCGCAUCCACACUGGGGAGAGGCCCUACGAGUGUCCACAGUGCGGGAAGAAAUUUACUAGGAGCUCAGCCUUGACCAAACACCAACGGAGGCACCACUAAGGGAAGCCCUGCAGGAAGUGUGGGAAGAGCUUUGUGUGCUGCUGCAGCUCCAUUCCCCAUGGGAGGAUCGGCGUUGGAUGGUCCCCAGUGACCCCCGUUGGGCAGAGCCCUGGUGAUCCGUGGUCCUGGUGAUCUGUGUUGGGAAGACACCUGGCUGGGGGGCUCCACAUCUUCCUGGCUCUCUGUUGGCACCUGGAUGAACUCAGGAGCAGGAAGAUCCAUCAGGACACUGACCGAGAAUGGGAAUUCUCUGGGGAGAGCAGAUCAACAAAUUUUCUUCUGGUUGAAAAAAAUUUUUCAACCCCAGAAAACCUUUUUCAUUCAAUCCUAUCUUCUGGUGACAUCAAGGAAUAGUGGAUGGUCUUGGAGGACUUUUCCUACCUCAGUGAUUCCACAGUUUCGACUUCCUAUUGCCCAAGGGUGUUUUCCUCAGCCAAAUGGUGAUGGACUGGGGCAAAGAUGAAGAUUUUGGAGACAGUGAGGUGGAGACCCCUCCAAAAAAGCUUCUUCCCUCCCACCCAAGCAUGGGGACCCUCAGCUGGCACAGACACUGAAAUCCUUUUCUUUUAGCCUUGAUUUGCUUCUCAUUUCUCUUCAGCCUUUGAAAACACCUGAAAUUGGGGUAAAAAUAAAGACAUUGAGAUAAGACAUGGGUGGGGACAUUGAAGGACAUAGACAUGGUGGGACACAGACAUGGAGAGUGGCAUGGGGACACAUGGACCUGGACAUGGCUACUCAUGGGCACACGGGGGGACAUGGACACAGA